CGCACACACAAAGCGGGGACGGUUUUAGGAAGCCAUAUUGGAGACCGUCGACACGCAACAUUUCGACUAAGCUGUGACCACUACUUAAAAAAGCGCGGCUGUAAUUACGAAUUCGGAAGAAAGACUACCACGCUGCGAUGUCGACGGGCGAUUUUCAGACCAAGUAUGCCUCCUUCAUGGAGGGUAUAGUGAAGAGUACAGUCGCAGAAACUACCAAACUUUUCGAAGGUAUGGUCGACGAAUUAAAGGAGGAAUUAUCCAAAGUCAAGAUGGAGAACGAGGCCCUGAAAACCACAUGUCGAGUAAAAGAAAACGCCAAAACCUUGGCGAUUAGCGAAUCGUGUCAAAGUGACGACGUCCCUGAGAUGUGUGAUACAUCAAUACAGUGCGACCUUCUUCCUGGCCACGACUUGCCUGAUAUGUUGUGUCAAUCGAUGGGAGAAAGCAGAGAUGAUCAAAACAUGCAAUGUGAUCGAGAGCAGAUGGUUUACAUCCUUCUAAAGGACCAUGACUAUGAUGCUUCAAAUGAUGAAUAUUGUCAGUUGACAAAACCCGAGGUCUCUGAACCCCCUGUCGUCAGCAGGGAAAAAGAGUGGGCUGUUACAGAUUCAGCACCAAAAUAUUCUCGUGAAACUGAAACAGAAUGCCCUCAAAUUUACCAGCGAUGUUCAUAUGGAUCGUGCAGAAAAAGUGAUGAUUCGUCAAUUCAACGCAGUUCGGAAGGGGAUUGCAAGAUACAGAUUCUUUCAGUGAAGUCACUUGCUAUAACAAAUAGCACCAAGGAAGUGGCAUCUGGUUCUGAUCAAAUGUUAUCAGAAUUUGCGACUAAAGGAUCCCCUGGUCCCACAACAUUCAAAAAACAAUCGGCAGUACCAGAGGUUCGAAUUCAGAAACAACCUUUAGGUGAAACACCAAGAAAUGAACAUACAUAUGUUGCUGUGUUGCAGUACAGCAAUGUUCCCCGCCCAGGAGAACAACAGGGGGAGCAAACAUUGCUGAUAUCCGACUUUGAAUUGAAUGUGCCUGUAAAGAUUAACAGUAGACAAAGAAGACAGCCCUCAAGAAAAGUGAAACGAUUGCAUAACACUAAAAAAAAAAUAAGUGUUUUAAGAUCAAAUAGUGAUGCAGGACAUGAUGAAGAGAUGUCUUCUAUUUGCAAGGGGGACACAUCUUUAUGUGGGGUUCCAGAAGUCUCUCAAAGUAUGUCAGAAGAUGCUAUAACCAUUGUUUCUACAGCAACGCAAAACAGAUCAUCAGAAGACUCGGAAAACCCUAAUACAGGGCCCCAGACUGUUUCAGUAUUAGCUCCGUUAGAAACAGGUUCAUCGUCUGAGUCUCAACUGCCCUGCAUGGAAAUAAAAGACAGAUCUAGUCAUGCUCCAAGCACUGACAUUCCAUCUGCCACGUUACACAGCCGGACUGCGGCAUCGGAACAAGCACCACCAUGUCAGGUCACGGAAAGCAACACAUCUGCAACGCUUCAGGAUGCAAUGCUACUCGUCGAAGCAAUGGAUCAGUCAACAAAGGAUUGUAUCCUCCCACAAGAAAAGAUAGACCAAUCAACGUGUAUGCCCCUUGUCACCUUACCAUCUAAGGUCCAAUCUCCAGUAACUACUCAAGCAUUGCCAGCACAGUCACCACCAACCCUACAUAUAAAUGAUCAAGUUGCAGAAGUGGUACCUACAAUGGAGCAAUCCACAAACACUUCUAGCAAUUCAGAGUCUCAGAUUGGAGUGCAACAACAUUGCACUACUCCUUUGAACCUUAUUACAUCUACAUCAUCUUUGACUUCUACAGUAGUAGAGUUGUUUGAGCAAAGCUCACUUUCUUUUCCAAUUGUGGUAGCAUCUGAACAAAACCCGGUAGAUUCAGUCCCAGAUGAGGUCAUCGAUCUCUCCAAAUCAUCACCAUUCAGUCAUCCACCAUGUACUAUUGCCCCGCUCUCUCCAAAUCAGAUUUCAGCUGUUGUGUCCACUGUUGCUGCUGCACAGAGUAAAUGUUCCUUGUCUAUGGGAAUUUCUGAAAUGAAAACUGUUACUGCAACGACAGCUGCUACUGUUGUCGACCCUGAAACAACAAUCGGUUCAAUAGAACUAAAGGCACACACUAAAAUAAAAAUAAUAAUUCCUAGACCUACAUCAGCUGUUGGGACUGGUCAGACCCAAUCGUCGGAGACUGAAGACGAUUUUGUUGGACCAGAUGAUGAUGUCAGCAUGUCGGCAUCACAGCCAAGCAACAUGUGUAGCAAUUCUAGAAUUACUUCAGAUGGAACGGAAAAGUCAUCGUUAACUGAACAAAUACCAAUAAUUAUAUCGCCCUUUUCACCCACACCGCUGGAUUGUGAAAGUUUACAAAUAACACACUCAGAGCAAGCGGAAACAUCUUCAACUGAGGGUGUACCCAUCAGCGGAUUUCAUAUGACCAAAGUGGUGGUAAAAUUAAAAAAGCUGCCAGUGUUCACUAAAACUGUUCUAGUUUCAGAACUGGAUUCUUAUGAAAGGCUUGCUAAACCAGCUAGCAUAUCAUAUGCUGCCAAUGCCCAGGCAUUAAACCCAAUCCCAGAAGUCCCUUCAAUACCAACCGGCAUUUGUCCUAAUUUAAAAGAUACAUCUGUUGUUGAAGCUGUGAAUGAGUCUCCAAUAUCAGAGUAUAUAUCAUCAUGCACUAUUGUGGAGGAGGAACCAGACUUUGUGCCAUCCUGUUCGCUUUCUAAUGUGUGCGAACCUGUCUCAAUGAAAUCAACAAUAGACUUUGAGAAGGCUAAACUAUCAACUGUACCUGAUCAAACAACCAAGCUUUCUUUCAACAUGACUGAAGAAAUCAACAUCCCAGAACAGAAAACCCCUGUUACACCCAAGGACUUAUCUGACCCUCGGUCACAAUGGACUAAAACGCAAUUCCUCGCCCAGUUGGAAGUGACACCUGUAAACCAGGACUCUCAAAAGGUAUCAACAAAAGAGUUUGCAGAAGAGUCCAGGAGAAAGUCACAGAGAAACUCUGUUGUUGCCCGUCUCAGAAGUCACCUCAAAAUUCACUUGCAAGCUAAAAAAAACAAAGUAAGUUCUCAGCCACUUACAGGAAAACGGAACACCCGUGGAAGUCAAAAGAAGCCAACAUCAGAGAAUGUUGUUACCACUAACCUAGAGUCCACCAAGCCAAUUUCUCUUAGCACAAAAAGUCCCCCUGAGCUCCAAACAGAGACUGAAUACUCUCAAGCUAGUCUCAAGAGACAAGGGAAUACAAAUACCUGUCCUACUGAAAACACUACUUUCACAAUUACUCCUGUUUGCCCAGAAAGCCUGAUUGUAAGUAAAGAUGCUCCAUCUCCAGAAAACACAACAACCAGCACUUUAGUUAUUUCCCCACUGCCCACCCCUGUAAGCCCCAAGAAACCAACAUUAGAGAAUGUUGCUACUACAGACCUUGAGUCCACAAAGCACACUCCUGUUAGCACAGAAAUUCCACCAGAGUUACAAACAGAAACUGGGUACUCUCAAGCUCGUCUCAAGAAACAGAGCAAUGCAGAUACCAGUCCAACUGAAAACAGAGCUUUCAAGACUGCUCCAGUUUGCCUCAUAAGUCCGGUUGUAAGUAAAGAUGCUCUAUCUCUGGAAAACACAACCACCAACACUUUAAAUAUUAUUCCCCCACAGCCAGACAUUGAGGUAAACAUCACCAAUGGAAACCCAACAAAACAUUCAUUAGACAAUGACAGCAUAAAGAUAGGAUCUACUAUUGAACACAUUUCAAUAAACUGUACACCGCAAGUUAUUGUUGAAGAAUGUUCAAACCAAAAUUUUGAAUCCCCUGUACAUCCUAGUUCAAUUAUAGAGACAAAUAACUUGAUUGAGACACAUAUGCCUCCUCUAAAUGAGUGUAAGUCUGCCCCAUGUACCGAUGAUGCUAUCUCUGAAAAGUCCGAAGAUACAAAUCUGAUUCCAGUGUCGGGUUUAGCAGAAGAUAAGCCUUGUGUUAAAGAGACAUUGCCAGCCAAGAUUACUGGAAAGUCUAGCACAAACAAUGCUGAUAUUAGCCAUAAGAAGUCAAAAGCAAAUGCUGUGUGUCUAAGGUCAAGGAAAACUAAAGAUACCACCAGCCCUUUAAAAAAUACACUCCCACCUCAGAGUCGUAAGAAGUGUAUCACCGCCCAGGAAAAUGCUCGUUCUAAAAAGUCCCAGAAAAAAUGCCCACAACAAGCUAGGUCUGCUCAUAAAAAGGCAGAAUCUUCAAGACUAAAGAGUGACUGUGCUAGUUCAAAAAAGUCCAAUUCAUCUUCUGUCAGUCUAAUGAAAGAUAGUACCAGAUCUAAAAAGUCUUGCAGUGAAUCUCUCAGUAGUCCCAACCUUGCUAAAGAAGCACGCACAUCAAAGCAGUCAAAAAGAGCAUGUGGUUCAUUAUUGGGAAAUACUGUAUCCCCAAGUCCCAAACUUGCUAUAGAAGCACACACAUCUAAGCAGUUCAAAAGAAAAUCUGGUUCAUUAUUGGGAAAUACUGUACCCCCAAGUCCCAACAUUGCUAAAGAAGCACAUACAUCUAAGCAGUCAAAAAGAGCAUCUGGUUCAUUAUUGGGAAAUACUGUACCCCCUAGUCCUAAUCUUGCUAAAGAAGCACACACAUCUAAACAAUUAAAAAGAAAACCUAGUUCAUUAUUGGGAAAUACUGUACCUCCAAGUGUUCAUUGGAUUAAAUUGCCUAUUAUUGUUUCCAGUUCAAGUAAAAGCAGAGAAUCUGCAGCUAAGAAAUCCAGACUGAGUCAAAACUGCAGUAUUUCAGAAAAUGUAAAAUUACGAACUGCCCAGAAAUUAGCAAAAACAAAGACAGUUUCCGAAAUAAACCAAUCCAAACAAUCAAAUUUAAAGAAAACAAAGCAAGCGACAAAGCAAUAUGGGAGCGAUGAGACUGGAACCAGAACUCAAAUCGUGUGGACUCCUACAGGGCCAGCGAGGGAGGCUACUUCAGUAAGAGGAAAACGAUCUUCGUUUUCACCAACCCAGAUAGAGGAACGCUCCUCAAAACCUCAGAAUCACACUGUAGUCUCUUUGACGAGUCCUUCUUACCACCCAAUACUUUUCAAAGCGCCACCUAUUGUAUCACCAUUGCAGCCUUUAGCUGUCAUAGGUGACCGUCUGCUCAAGAACCAGUGUGGGCAAUGUGGUCGUGUAUUGAGCAGCCCUGCUGCUCUUGAGAGCCACGUCAGUCUCCAUACAGGUUACAGACCAUUCUCUUGCGAUCACUGCGGGAAGAACUUUCCUGACGACAAAACCCUUAGACGGCAUGACAGAGUGCACCGCAACGGUCGGAUCCAUGUCUGCCAUCGAUGCGGGAAGGGUUUCGUAUAUGCUUUUGGCCUCACCAAACAUCUUCAGAUGGUACAUGGGAAAUUUAAACCAUAUGUCUGCAUGUUCUGCGAAAAGGCUUUUUUCACAAAGAGAGAAGUGACGGACCACAUCCGGAUCCACACAGGGGAGAAACCAUUCCCCUGCCACUUAUGUGAGAAGAGGUUUGUCAGGAGAGUGGAGCUAAACGUGCAUCUGAGGUGGCAUAAUGGAGAGAAAAGAUUCUGGUGUCCGUUUUGUGGGAAAGGAUUUUUAGACUGCAAUAACAUGAAAAGACAUAAGAUGAUCCAUACAGGAGAGAAACCGCAUUCUUGCCCGCAUUGCCCGAAAAACUUUACACAGUCAGGCCACUUGAAAAAGCAUGUUAGGAAUGUACAUAAAAUUCAAUAGGAAGAGAGUUUGUAUUGUAUAAAUAAGGAAAUAUAGUUUGUGAAUUUUUACUAAAAAGUGUUUAUGGGACACGUUUUUGCCAUGUCACAGAUUAUUAUUAGAAAUUAUAUAUUCAAUAAAGAGAAAUAUAACCCAUUGUAUUGUUUUUUUAAUUUAAUCUUUUUUGUAUUUAAUGCCAAAACAAUUGUUUUUCUAUAAUUACUUUCACAUGUUGCCCCUCCAUUCUUUUAUUACUUGAGAUAUUAAUCCUGUAUCCACAUGUCAAGGUAUUAUUGUGACAAAACAUACACAAGGACCUGUAUGUCAUCCAAAGCAAUUCAAUACAGUAAGGAUUUAGUUGUCUACGCAUAAAGAAAGUUUCAUUAUCUUUGGCACCAGUCUAACAAGUCAAAUGUGAGUCUGAGCCAGAGAAACCAGAUUUAUGUUCUUAGCAUUGUUUACAAUGAAAAUGGACACGAGUCAAAACACAAAGGCAUUGGCAGACUUAACGCACUAAGCCUAAUAGAUCAUGAAAAUUGAAUAACCCAAAUUUCCCCACAUUGCAAACUAUCAAUAUCUGCAAACUCAACAAUUUGCGAUCAGCAAGAGGCGUUACAGCUCACCUAGAUGCUGAAGGUUCUCAGGGAAGAGGCCUCGUGGCCUGAUUGAGGGAGAUACUGAUUCUAGUGCCAUUAAAUAAAUAUUUCUUAAGAAAAACGUGGAUAAUUUGCACAUUCCUUGAUUAAAUACAGGACGGGACCCUGAGGUGUGUGCAAUCCUUUUACUGUAUACAUUUGCAUGCCUGUUUUUAUUGCCAAUAUAAUAUUUACAGAAAUAUUGCACACCUUAUCUUUUAAAACAGUAUUUCUGAUGUAAGUUUGAUGACAUAAUUCAGUAUAUCAGUUGUUUUGAUUGCCAUUGUUUGAGAACGGGUUUACAAACUAGGAAUUUUUCUUGGUGCAAUAGUGCAACAUAAAACACAUAACACAGAAUAGGUAAUAAA